AUGGCAACAGGGAAAUACCACAUUCGGCAGUGCAUUCUAUGCGAACUCCUGCGAGAAAAAAAGGCUUCGAAAUCACGAGAAUUAAUUUGCAGUGCUCUUGGUGCCAACGUUGUGUCUUAUGAAAUGUGUAAUUAUUGGUACAAGCGUUUCAGAAGUGUCGUGUUUUUCUUUGCAAUUCGUCAAAGUCGAUGCCAUCACCGGAGAUCAACCCAAGAAGCACGCAAAUAUAACCAUUUCCUUCCACUUGAAUAUUCCAAGUACACAAUGUGUGCCACAUCUUGGCUUCGGCAUCACUCAGCAAGCCUACCCCCCAACACACCACACGAUUUUACGGUCACGGUCGCAUAA